UCUCCUCCCUGCCGCGCAUGCGCGUCAAUGGCGCCGCCAGUCGCCGGCGUCGUGCGUCUUGCCGCGGCCUCCCGCGUAUUAGUUCUGUCCCUCUACCUGCUCGCCCGCCUCCUCUUGCGCCCCUACGACACCUCCGCUACUCUCCACCCACCCUGCCUCUCCUCUUUCUCCUCUUCCCCGGAUCCCAACACGCCCGUCUCCGCCGCUAUCUCGUCGCUGGCCGUGUGGGACGGUGUCCACUUCGCCCGCCCCGCUGAGUGCGGCUACGAGUACGAGCAGUCCUUCGCCUUCCUCCCACUCCUCCCCGCCUCCCUCGUGCUCCUCGCACGAUCGUUGUUCGCGCCGCUAGUACCGAUACUAGGGUACAGGGCCGUGCUCGUGCUCUCCGGCUAUGUCCUCAACAACGUCGCAUUCGUUGCUGCUGCGGCCUACUUCUACAGGUGUUCGCCGUCUGAUGAGCUUUACUGUUUUCGUCUUCACACAGAUUUGGGCUGAUUCUAUGCGUUAGAUGGGCUCUAAAACCACAGUUAUGCAUCUAUUUGGAAGUCAUUUGUAGCCAUUUAUUGAUUCUUCAAACAUUUCAAGACUGGACAAUGCUUGAGAGCAGUGCACACUGGAAUGCAGUAGCUGUUUUCCCUGCACUUUAUUGGCGAUGCCACGCCAGAGUUUUUGCACAGUUCAAUAGCUGGUGUUCUUUGGUGGAUAAUAUUAGAUUGUCUGUGCUGAUUUUGAAGGACCAGAAAGCUGCUUACCGAGCAUCUGUUCUGUUUUGUUUCAACCCUGCUUCUGUGUUCUACUCAUCAUUGUAUUCAGAAAGUCUUUAUGCACUUUUUUCUCUUAGGGGCAUCUUCUACGUGUUUUCCGGUGCUAAUACUGUUGCAGUGAUAAUGCUCGCUCUGUCUGGUUCAGCUAGGUCAAAUGGAGCACUUAAUGCUGGCUAUUUCUGUUUUCAGGCCUUGCUACAAGCAUAUGAUGCUACUGUACAAAAGAAAAGGCCCUUGUUGGCAAUUCAGGCCCUUGUGGCUGGAGCUUUGCGCUCCAUUUUCAUAUUUCUACCUUUCUUUGCUUUCCAAGCAUAUGGAUAUUUGAACAUAUGUGUACAUGGGAGCUCAGACGAAUUGAGGCCAUGGUGCAAAGCAAAAGUUCCCCUAUUGUAUGGCUUCAUCCAAAGCCACUACUGGGGAGUUGGUUUCUUGAGGUACUUCCAAGUGAAGCAGCUGCCGAACUUUCUCUUGGCCUCACCAGUGCUUUCUCUCGCGGUUUAUUCUAUUGUCCAUUACGCAAAACUGCUUCACCGGUGUUUCCAGAGAACUAGCGUCCACAAGCAGAUUAUCACUGCUCUAGAGAAAAGGCCAGUUGUGUCGUAUAGAAGAUCAGAUGACGCGACAAUUUUGAGUGAACCUCCUGCUGGACUCACCAAGAAAGCACAAGGGAGCUCUAAGGCUAAACAGAGAAAACCAGUUGCUACCGAGAUAGCUCCUGCGACAUUCCAUGACAGUACCACGCCAGCUAACCAAAACAUCGAAGAGGAUCAGGACGCGUGCUCCAUACUACUACUCCCAUUCGUUCUGCAUCUGGCCUUCAUGGCAUUCACAGCCUUGUUCGUGAUGCACGUCCAGGUGUCCACACGGUUCCUAUCCGCUAGCCCCGCGGUUUACUGGGCUGCCGCGCACGUUCUGGCUUCUCCGAGCCGCGCCAACAGACGAUGGGGCUACCUGAUCUGUGUCUAUUUCAUCGCGUACAUUCUUCUAGGUAGCCUGCUCUUCUCCAACUUCUACCCUUUCACGUAACGUAAGAACGGCGGAGUGGGGGGUGUCCCCGGAUGCGUUAUCCAGUAGCGAGCCACUCCCGCAGUGGAUGGCUCAUCUGUUUAUCAGGUGGAUUAUCUCGACCAGCUUUGCCUGAAGGUUUCCCUAGGUUGGUAGGUGCUUCACUGGUUCAGUAAUUGAGCGUUGGCUACUCGAAUCGCUUGGAAUCUGCUUGCAUUCGGUUAUGAUGUGGCCACGAGCUUUUUCAUAUGUUUUCUUAGAAUCAGAAGUUGGAGAGCAGAAGACAUAAUAACAUCAGUCCCAACUCCCAACUCGGAAGAUCACAAACUUGUUCUUCUCAGAGCAACAUGUAUGCAAACAUCUUGGGGGGGUCGAUCUUCUCCAAUUAUUCAAAUGCCACUAUCUAUCUC